UUCUUAUCCUUGCACCUCGACGUUCACCGUAGAACUGUAAAGCUUCCUUCGUACAGCAGUAUAUUCAGUAUUUUACUUGCUAUCUACCUGCUUUUUACAUCUCUCCUUCCUACAUACGAUCAUACUCCCACCAUUAUGGUUCAGAACGACAACAUUGCCAAUCAAAAUGCCGUACCCGGCGCCCUGGGUAUCAACCUACUGCAACAAGGUGCUGUACAACCUGCACCUCUCGCACCUCCUGCGCCUCCCGCACCUCCUGCACCUCCCGCACCCCCUGCUGCAGAGAACCAGCUACGAGGAGAGCCCAUUCCGCCUCCUCCACGCCCUCUCAACCAGCAGCUUCAGGACGACGCGCGCAGAACGCUGCUGCUACAGAGCAUCGCAGAUGCACAAAAAGAACUUGACGGGCUCAAUGGCCAGCAGCCAGCAGCCGCACGCACGCCCUUCGUACCGGCCUUCGUCGAUCAAGCCGACGUAGACUGCACUAGAGAGAUCGCUGCGGCCCUGCUCGGGGAAAACCCAUUGACGAAACCCAAUCGAGCGAAGAAAAUAGCUGGCUUCAAAGCAAACGCUUUGCACUCCGCGCCAGCCCCGCCACGAGCUGAUCGUGGUAUAGCCACCUUCAACUAUGUCCCGUUAACGGCACUCACCAAGUCACGACGCGUUGAGGCAGCCUUCUCCGACGACGAUCUCAUCUGGACUACCAAAGGCCUCAGUGCCGCUAAACAACUCGAUCGUACCGGUGAAGGAUCCAUAUCUGAACUUGAUUGGAUGAAUGCCUCGGACUAUAUGGUCAAGCUGGUCCUGAAGCAUCAUGGCGAGGAGCUAGCUGAGGAUUUCAAGCUACAUUUCAGCAAUGUCCGAGUCAUAGCUCAGACCCAUCCCUGGCCCGUUGCAGUACAGUAUGACAUCAAGCAACGAGAGUGCCUCGUUCUCGAUGGCCGCCACGACCUCGCACCGCUCGAUGAAGUUGCACUGUCGCUCUCCGUGAGCAGACAUGUCUCUGAACAGCUCGAUUUUCUUCAAAGGACUCAAGCUUACACGCAGAUCAACAGAUCACCUGUCAAACGUACCUACCGACCCGAUUCGCCGCCCCCUUCACCAUCAAAGCGCUCCCGUUUACCCCCCGUCACAUCGACGGGGGGCCAUUGCUUUCGCUGUGGUAAAACCGGACACCUUCCCGCCGCCUGUUCAGAAACGGUCACCGUUGCCGGCAAACCCGUUGCUGCCAUCUCUGCAAAAUCAAACAGCAAGAAUGCCCUCCUUGCACCAAACGGAAGUCCAUUCUGCUUCACGUUUGCACGGGGAGGAGCCUGCCCCUUUGACGGAAAGGGGAAAGGAUGCAUCAACCACCACGGCUGCAGCGUCUGCCUCGACACCGGUCAUGGUGCCGCAAAGUGUUCCUACCUCGCUUGAUCCUCGCAACGUCACGACGCCCAUCCAGGUUGACAAAGUGGAAGCCUUGUUACAAGAGCUGGGCAUUGCAGAGGAUUGGCGUCAUGUCCUAGAGGGACUACGCAAUGGUUUUGAUGUUGGUGUCAAAGACACACCCCCACGCUCCUUUAUGUUCGAAAAUCAUGCAUCGGCCUCGCUGGUUCGACGAGGAAUUCAUCGACUCAUACAUUGCUGGAGAGCAAGCCGCAGGGCGAUACUCACAGGGCUUUGCCCCCGACGACCUAGAGGGUAUUAUAGGAUUCUUUCGCACGUCACCCUUAGGGCUAGUGCCCAAACCUCAUUCCGACCAUCUGCGGAUGGUGCAGGACAUGUCAUACCCUCGCAACAAUGUAUGCCAUAAAUCCCCCUAGUGUUUGUAGUCUCGAAUAACAUUUGCACUUUCAUGUGUAGCCCGAAAUACCAUCUGUAAAUGCCGGCGUAGACUCCGACGACUUUCCCACAGAAUGGGGGACCUUCGACAGCACCAGCGAGAUGAUUCUAGGACUGCCAGCUGGGUGCAAAGC